AUGGCUGAAGAUUACGGCUACACCCUUGACACUGUCAAGGCCACCCCUGUUGCAAGUGCCGAGAUUGACAAGACUUUCCGCUCAAGCUCCAUAGUAUCCGCUGCUCUAGGUGGUAAGGUUCUUGGCUUCUCGGAUGAGUGGUUUGCAGAAGCCUCAAAUCUACUAAAUCCAAAGGCCCCUAUUCGGGAUGCGGGUCGCAUGGUCUACACCGGCGCCUGGUAUGAUGGCUGGGAGACUCGGAGACACAACCAGGAGCCGUUCGACUGGGUAGUCGUCCGCCUGGGCGUUGCAUCUGGCAUUGUUGAGGGCAUUGAGGUCGACACGGCCUUCUUCUCCGGCAACCACGCCCCUGCAAUCACUGUCGAGGGCUGCUUCAACCUGAAGGACGAGGAGGUCCUGUCCUGGAAGGGUGGCCGUGGAGGAUGGGAGCCAAUUCUCAGCAUUCAGGAGUGCGGGCCAUCUCAGAGAUUCGGCUGGAAACUCGAUGAGCCUACAAAGAAGCCUUACACGCAUGUGAGACUGAACAUGUACCCUGACGGAGGUAUCGCGAGAUUCAGGCUCUUUGGGCAUGCCGUACCGGUGUUCCCCGAGGAUAAAGAGGCCAUCUUUGAUCUCGCCGCUGCACAGAAUGGCGGCGUGGCGGUGUCAUGUAGCGACCAGCACUUCGGCACCAAGGACAACCUCAUUCUUCCUGGUCGAGGCAAGGAUAUGGGUGACGGAUGGGAGACAUCACGGUCUCGGACCAAGGGCCACGUUGACUGGACCAUCAUCCGGCUCGGUGCUCCAGGCUUUAUCCAGAAUUUUAUUGUUGACACAGCCCACUUCCGGGGCAACUUCCCUCAAAAGGUGAAGCUGGACGCCAUCGAGUGGAAGGGAGAGGGUGAGCCGGGGCCUGAGGCUGAGGGAUGGGCAGAGAUUGUUGAGCCCAGCAAAUGUGGUCCGGACAAGGAGCAUGAGUUCGAUUCGAAAAUCAAGGAUAAGCCCAUCACUCAUGUGAAGCUCACCAUUAUCCCAGAUGGAGGUGUCAAAAGACUACGUGUAUUUGGAAAGAGAGCAAUUUAA